AUGGGCGAAUACGGCCUCGGUUACCACACGGAUCAACAAACCCUGCACGAAGACGUCCUCGGAACCGUCCAUUUCUUCUCCGCCGUCCUUCACAACACGACCGGCGGCCCCGUCCCAUACAAAAACGCCAUCUCCUUGAGAGAAGAAGACGCCGGGAUUUCCUGGCAACACGCCGACUAUCGGACCGGCCAGGGAUUAAUCGCACGCUCCCACCGCCUCGUGCUCUCCACGUGGUUCACCCUGGGCAAUUACGACUACACCUUUUCCUGGCAGUUUUACCAGGAUGGGUCCAUCCAAUUCGUGGCAGGAUUAACCGGAAGCGUCAGCACGAGCAUGAUUGCCGCGUGGGCGACGCGAUCCGGGUUCGGAACCCCGACCGCGGUCAAGGUCAACGCUCAGCACCAUCAGCACUUCUUUACGGUCCGAUUAGACACGGAAAUUGACGGGACGUACAACUCCGUCGCCACGAUGGACGUCGUCCCCCUGAAAAAUGACGCCCAAAAUCCGUACGGACAAGGUUUUACGGUAAACGAAACGUUAUUAAGAACCGCGGGGGAGGCGCGGACAAAGAUUUCGCCGCUGACCGGGCGCACCUGGACGAUCAUGAAUCCCUCCGUGCUGCAUAAUUAUACGGGGAAACCGGUCGCCUGGAAGUUGAUACCGGUAAACUCGCCCCCACUUUUGAUGAGGGAGGACAGUAAGUUACGGACAAGAGCGGGUUUUUUGAAUUGGGACGUGUGGGUCACCCAGUUCAAGGAGGAUGAGCUUUUUCCGGGGGGAUUUUACCUGAAUAAUAGUGGACUUCCGGUUUGGGUGGGGAGCCAGCCGGAUGCUAAUGUUGAGAAGGAGGAUGUCGUAGUUUGGCAUAAUUUUGGGACGUGUCACAUCCCAAGAGUUGAGGACUACCCGUUGAUGAGCGUUGAGUAA